AGCCUAUCCAGCCAGCCUUCACUUGUAUUCGCUCACAGUCGGAGCACGAUCUUUGGCAUAUAUUAUAUCCGUGUAAGCAUUCACUACAUUCGUGAAAAAAAUGGCAGCUGACGAAUAGAAAAAAGUGGAUCUUCGCUCGGAAAACGACCGCACUCAGACUACAGAGAUACGGGCUUAGCGUCUCUUUACACUCCUGAAGUGGGACCAUAGCUUAUCUGUUGCCAUGGGAAAAACUCCACUGAAAGAUCAAAAGGAUGAAAAAAAGGAAAAGGCGGGAAAAGCAGCUCCAUCUCCUGCUGCCAGCCCUGCAACUGCUACAGACUCCUUCAGCUGGGAGCAGUACCUUAAAGAAACAUCUUCCACACCUGCUCCACCCGGCUGCUUCCGGCAGUCCAGAGUCCCGCCGUCCAACGACUUCAAAGUGGGAAUGAAGCUUGAAGCUCACGACCCCCGUAACUCCACCUCAGUUUGCAUCGCCACUGUGAUGGGGAUGACCGGAGUUCGUCUCCGUCUGCGCCUGGAUGGAAGCGACAACAGCAAUGACUUCUGGAGACUGGUCGACUCGUCUGACAUCCAACCCAUCGGCACCUGCGAGAAGAAUGGAGAUAUGCUGCAGCCGCCGCUGGGGUUCCGGAUGAACGCCUCCUCCUGGCCCAUGUUCCUCCUGAGAACUUUGAACGGAGCAGAGAUGGCUCCAGUCGCAGCCUUUAAAAAGGAGCCUCUCAGACCCCCCCAGAAUCUUUUUAAGCCCGGCAUGAAGCUGGAGGCCGUGGACAAGAAGAACCCCUACCUGAUCUGCCCCGCCACCAUUGGAGACGUGAGGGGCGAUGAGGUGUUUGUCAUGUUCGAUGGGUGGCGGGGGGCCUUCGACUACUGGUGCAAGUAUGACUCCCGGGACAUCUUCCCCAUGGGCUGGUGUUCCCUCACCAAGCACAGCCUGCAGCCCCCAGGAAACAGUGUGACUCUUCCCAAAAGCCUGCAGGUUCUUCCAUCAUCGCCCUCCAAACCCAGCAGACGUUCCAUGCAGUCCCCGUACAGAUUCCCCACGCCUCUGCCCGCUCUGCCCGUCAGGAAAGGAGUACGGGGCCGGAGGCCCAAGAGCGAGACCAUGGCUCUGCUCAAAGCUGUGGCAGAGGCCGCCGCCGCCGCCCAGAACGGAGGCGUCUCUGAAAACACACAGGUCCUGCCCCGGGUCUACAAGAAGAGGGGCCCCAAACCUGGAAGCAAGAGAAAGUCUAAGUUUCUCCAAAGCCCGGGAUCGUUACCCAGCAUCCAGAUUCCUCAAGAAAGCCCUCCCAGUCACGGUUCUGUGGUGUCAACAGUGUGUGUGUAUGUGAACAAGCACGGAAUCUGUGGCCCCUACCUGGACAGGAAGGAGAUGCAACAUUUGCCGGACCACUUUGGCCCGGGCCCGGUGAACCGCGUGCUCCAGCAGGUGGUCCAGUCGUGCAUCGACUGCGCGUACCAGCCGAAAGUCCUGCUCAGCGCCCUGCAGACGGACGCAGGAGGAGGAGAGAUCGUCAGAGUGAGAACAGACGGCGGCAUCCGGGUGAUCAGACUGCCGUCAGCCUCCAGUGCUUCCUUCGUGCUGCGCUUCCUGGAAAGCAUGUGCCGUCAUCUUCAGUGUGACAAUCUGUUCAGCAGCCAGCCGUUCAGCCACUGCACUGCUUACGACAGGAACAAACCAGUGAAGGAGGAGACCAUGGAUGCCCCCUCUGUGGUCCGAGGCAGUAAACGUAGUCUGUCUGGGGUCUCCCCGCCGUACGCAGCCCCCCUGUCUCCUAAACAGUUACGCGCUGAAGCCCACCCAUCAGAAGAGACUCUGCCUCAUGAGGAGAAUAGUUUAACGAAGGCGCAGCGAUACAUGGACUCUGCCUCCAACUCCAUGACGCCUCGACCCCAAACUGUGCGAAGUUCUUCCGAGUACCACUCCCAGACCGGCAGCCUGUACCACCACAGCAGCAGCUUCUCCUCCAGCCCAGCAGAGCUCGGCUCGCCGCAGCCCCUGAGGCGAGUAGAAGCAGCAAGCUCCACCACAGGACCCGAGUCUCUGUCAGACCUCGACCCUCUGCAUCUGCCCAAUAAAAACCCCUCCUGCUGGACCAUCGAAGAAGUGAUGCAGUUUGUCAAACAUGCAGACCCCACGGCGUUGGCGCCUCAUGCAGAACUGUUUAGAAAACACGAGAUCGACGGGAAAGCUUUGAUGCUUCUGCGCAGCGACAUGAUAAUGAAGUACAUGGGGCUGAAGCUGGGGCCGGCCCUCAAGUUGUGCCACCACAUAGAGCGGCUCAAACAAGGCAAGCUGUAACAGCAGCCUGCCACGCCCACCUGGGCCACGCAGGAGCCACAUGUUACUCCGGACUCCCCCUGGAGGGACACACAAGACGUUACAACUUCCAGAGUGGAGGCUGCGCAUUACCUCAUCUCCGCAUCGGCGAAACAAAAGCUGUUCCGAUUUCACAACACCCAAAUCUAAAAUAAUCCCUCUAGUGUUUACACUGCAUGGCAACACGUGUGGCCACUGUUGUUGGGAUCCGGGAUCUGGAUCCCCAAAGGUGGAGAAGGUUUCUUCUGAUCAAUGACUGCUGAGUCUCCAGUCCCCAGGAUCCUCAACCUUCUUCCUUGAAGAGAUACGGACGUGUGUGUUCUUUGGGAACGCCUGCCCACAGGACGCUCCUGUUCCUCCGAUGUGUUCGGGAAUCAUGAAUUCUGACUUCCUAAAGCUGAACUUUAUAAAUUCCACCGAGCGCUGCGAGCCGUGGAGGAUGUCCCGUCUUCGCAGCCCUCACAUCGCCUCUCAAAGGUGAAUCAAACGCCAGGAGUCCCGCUUUCACCGCCUCCAGGUGACAUCUCUAAGGGCUUCUGAGUUCUGGAUCCUUGUUGGUCUGCCUGAGUGUUGUCACUUUUGACUUUUACAAUCACUGUAAGCAACAAGCGCAGGUGUUGAUGGGUUUAACCAUCAACACCUGCGCUAGAAUGUACAUUUUGUAAAAACGAAUAUUUUUUUGGUAAAAUCAUAUAGAAAUGUGAAGACAAGGGGAAAGUAUUUCAUUCUUGUUUUUUUGUUAAAUAUUCGCGCAGUGCUUUUAGUUGAAAUACUAGACUCCUGCCUUGCUUCACCUCUGACAUUUCUCAGGUUGAUGUGCUCUUUGUUGAUAGAAGCUUUUGUAGCAUAAUGUUUAUAUAAAACACAGCAUCGUCCUGUGACCCCGCCCCUUACCUUAAGAUGUGCCAUACUAUACUCGACACAGGAUGGAAGUGCUGUUUAUACAUCCUUUUAAAAAGUACUUGAAAACUAUGUUGGAAAAUGUACCUUGUUCAUGGAGUCCCACCCGACAAAGGGUGUGGGUAUGAUGUGUAUUUUUUUCUAUAACCUACUAAAGGAAAACAGUCUGCUUGUCAUUUAUCUGAGGGAGAAUAUUAAAAGACAUCUACGGUAGA